CCUCCUUCCCGCUUCAGCCUUCCUCUGCUCCAACCAAGCUCCCUCCGUCUUUGGUUCAGCCUGCUGGAGCUACUUUUACAUUUAAAACAGGAGUACCACAUCUUGCUGGUUGAUGAUUCAAAUGCUGAUCCAGCAAAAGUCUGCCAAAAAAGGCACAUGGGGUUUGAAGUCUCUCUGAGUUCUGGUUGGAAUAACAGGAAGGAUCGAAAGGAAUCAAAGCACAAAGCAAGGGGGGAGUAAGAGGACGUGUAUGUUGCCUCUUGCUGUAGUUUUUCCACCACUACCAUGAGCUGGAGUUUUCUGACUCGCCUGCUGGAAGAAAUCCACAACCAUUCUACAUUUGUGGGCAAGAUCUGGCUCACCACUCUCAUUGUUUUCCGCAUUGUGCUAACAGCCGUAGGAGGAGAGUCAAUCUACUACGAUGAACAAAGCAAGUUCGUCUGCAACUCAGCACAGCCAGGCUGUGAGAACGUAUGCUACGACGCCUUCGCUCCACUCUCACACGUCCGCUUCUGGGUCUUUCAAAUUAUCCUGGUGGCCACCCCUUCAGUUAUGUACCUGGGCUACGCUGUCAACAAAAUUGCUCGGGCAGAGGAGAAGGCAGAAAGUGGGGGAGUGAAUGGAUUUUCCCAGAAGAAACCCAAGAAGCACUAUCUUGCAGGCAGAAAGCAGCACAGGGGCAUUGAAGAGGCUGAGGAUGACGACGAGGAAGACCCGAUGAUCUAUGAAGUGGCAGAGGUGGAGAACGACGAUUGUGAAGCAGAAAAGGGAGGCAGCUGUGAUAGAAAAGAAAAAGCCAAAGUACGCCAUGAUGGGCGUCAUCGUAUCAAAGAGGAUGGAUUGAUGCGCCUUUACGUCGUCCAACUCCUGUUGCGCUCCUUGCUGGAGGUUGCUUUCCUCUGUGGUCAGUAUGCCCUCUAUGGCUUUUCCGUUCCUGCCACCUACGUAUGCAAAGACCAGCCCUGUCCUCAUAAGGUGGACUGCUUUGUGUCGCGACCAACUGAAAAGACAAUCUUUCUCCUCAUCAUGUACACAGUCUCCCUGCUCUGUCUAGCACUCAAUAUAUGGGAGAUGCUUCACCUGGGCAUUGGUACCAUGUAUGAGAUAAUACACUCCCGCAAGAUGGAGCUCCCCAAUGAGGAGCUCUACGGGCUGGCAAGAGGACAAGGCCGUCUUAACGAGGUGAGAUUGAGUGAGGAAGACUACAGCUCUUACCCAUUUUCUUGGAAUGCACCAGCGCCUCCACCUGGGUACAACAUCGCCGUCAAACCUUCUCUAGGGAACCACAACCAACCACUACCCAUCACUGAUCUCACUAAUGCCAAGCUGGCAUGUCAGCAGAAUCACGUGAACAUUCCCCAAGAGGAGCGUCAACAGAACGGCAUUAAUGAUGAAAACCAGUGCAGAGUUGGGAAGGGAGAUGCACCCAGGGCUGUUCAUAAGGACAGCGGUAGACCUCAGAAAAUCCUGGAGGGUGAUAAUCAGACCUACAUCCAGCUGCAGAGCCACACUAACAACCACAGCAAGCCCCACCGUGAACGUAAACACCGGCAGACCAACAGACACGCCUCCAGCAGGGCAGAUACAGACAGAGGCAGCAGCAGCACCAGCAGUAGCAGCAAAUAUGGAGUCAUAAAGGGUUCAGAGUGGAUUUGAAACACGACUAUGUAAAACAGCUUAGCUAUUUAGCUCAGUUCAGUGAAGAAGCUUUGUAUAGCAGGAAAAUAAUAUCUUGAAUACCUUUUGUGCUAAGAUUUUGGUACCCUGUUUUUGUUUACCUUCUUUAAGCAGAGACUUUAAUGCUGCAAUUGAAAGUGCCUUACUUAAACCAUCUAAAAGCAGCUUCAUUCAAACUGAGCAACCCUUUAUGUUACAGAGUUAAUGUUUUUUUCAUUGCCAUCCACAGUUAAAGAUUUGAAUAAUUUUGCUCAUGAAUAUUCAAAAUUGUUCUUCAGUUUCUUUUUGGUGUAGAUCGUUUUCCCACAAGCAACAAAAAGGCUGUUUUCACAUAUGUACUGCAGCCCUAAACCGUAUCAAUCAUUAGAUAUUGUCUUUAACAUGCCAGUUCUCUAGUAAAAAAUGCAUGAUGUUUAAUUGUGCAAAAUCAAGAAUAGAGAAGCGAAUAUUCUGCUGAGUUCACAGGUAAUGAGUGGUCAUCCUGUUUCCUGCCUCCUGCACGCUAUAGUCAGGCAGUGCCCUCCUCACGACCACAGGGAGUUUUUCCGAUAGUCUAAAUGCAGCUGACUGGAAUGUCCUGCUGUCUGUUUUAUGUAAGUUAAAACAACAAUGUCCUGGUCUAAUUCUGAUGAUUUUUUUUUAGAAGUUGUGUUUGAAAACAGCUGACAAAAAAAUAACAGACAGUAUUUCAGCUGGUAAUUUCACCAUAUUUUCUUUUGGUAUUUUAAAAGCAUUCCCACUAUUUUUUAGAAAGAAAAGAGAAGUUUUCGUUAUUGUUUCGAGAGGCAAGUUUAAAAAAAAGUCAUAUAUUAUAGUACAGGUAUUACCUUUUUUUAACAUACUUUAUUUUUUCAACCAUUCAUCCAGUAGUAUACAUUAAAAAGAACGAGUGUAUCAAGCUUUUUAUAUGCUUCAUUUGUUUCUUUCUUUUAUCAAUCUUUUACUUGGAUUUCCAUAUUUUCAGUCUGAAAGGCCAUUUGUCAUUUGUUGUUACUGUGUUUGGUUUUGUUAAAAAAUAUUUUUAGGAACAAAAAGUGCAUGUUUUGAAUAAAGAGUUUGUAUUUGUCUCAUAAUCUUUGUCUUGUUUUCAAUGAUUUGAUUGUCAGUCUAGAAUGAAAACUAUAUUAUUAAUUUAAUGCUGAAUAUUUGAGCAUGUGGGUAAUUUACACUGGUAGUCAGCUUAAGCUUGCAUUGCCCUCUGCUGGGCACAAAGAGGGAAUAAUAUAAUAGUUCUAUGUCUCUUUCAGUGGGAUCCCUGUAGAUAAAACUUACCAAAAUUUUUCUGUCUAUAUUUGAAAUCUGUCAUAUAUUGGAAGUUUUAUUGAAAGAAAAACUCAUCACUGAGAAAUCUAAUAUAUUUUGUGGUGAAAUAUUUAGUUUAUGGCUCCUUAAAACUAACAUGGCAAGUAGAAUUUAACAUAGUCAAAAAUGAAUCUUGGGGAUUCUCUCUGGAAAUGUGUUUAACCAGUGAUUGUAGUUUUCUGUAGUCAUUGUGUUUGACCCGCUGAUAUGCUGAUAAUCAGUUGCAAUAAGUGUCAAAUGAAGCAUAAACUAAACAGCUAAGUUGCUUUUCAUUAAUUGUUAAUGUCUGUUUUCUUGAAUUUCAUAAGUUAUUUGUCUUAUUUUCUUUUUCAUGGGCCAAAAUUGAUAACCAGGGUGCUUUUGUGUUGGGUUCAGGAUACUGUACCAGUGACUGUAAGAACCUUACCAUUAACUCAUAAUAUAGUUAUACCAUUAACUCAUAAUAUAUUUCAUAUAUUAAAAGGUAUAUUUGAAAAUGAAAAUGAAAGCCAGGGCUCACGUUUCAG